GUUUUUCUUUUUUCGCCUUUAUCGCGCUUGAAUAAAGGCUUCCGCGAUAGCUGCAGUAAUAUCCCACACACCACAGUUCGUACGCGCCCUUCCUGCGUCUUUGAUUGUCUCAGCUGGCGUCUCAUUUGCUCGGCGACGCGCUAUUGGCGACGCGGCACCCUGGCUGCCCACCUCUACCGCUGGCUAGCGCUCAUCACAUUCACCCUUGUCAUCGCCGGCAAUGCCGCAUUCUCUGCAGUGCUGUCCUUGACCAUCAUGUCGUCGAGUAGCAAACGGUGCGGCAAUAAGAAGACCGUUCUCGUCAGCUUUGGGGGCGGGGGUUCCUCGGCACAGCACACCAGUGCCGCAGCGUUCCCCAUCGACUACGUCUCGUCCGUCCCCCAUGUCCCCCUGCAGCCGCCACCGUCGUCCUUCCUGUCCACGGCUGAGACGAAGCGCAAGUCGUCCUCUCACCAGAGUGGCGCUGUCCCCCCCGCCCCGCCCCGGCUGGUGGACUGCAUCAGCUGGCCGACACUCGACAAGACCGAGACGUCCGCACGGAAACCUUCCCAGCAGCAGCAGCAGCAGGCCAAUAGAGGGGAUGACAAUGACAAUAAGCCACAGCAGCAGACCCAGCGGCAGCAGCGGGGAGGGGCAGGGGGAGACAAGAGUUCUGUGUCUCGGGAUGCGUCGGUGUCUGCGGGGGAUAAUAACGGUGACCUGGAGGGGCGGAUGCAGGCGUGGGGGGUGCGGUGUUCGCUGGAGGACUGGAUGAGGAUGCGCAACCUGCCCGCACUGCCGGCGGGGAUCGACAAGGUGUCGGAGUCAGUCCAGCAGCACAUUCUCAGGAACUGGCCACUCAUCGUCCGGUAGGCACACGGCACACACAAGGCAUGAAGGAGGGGGGAGGUAGAGGGAGAUGCUCUGCACGUCGAUGUGUGUCCCUCACGGUACGUGUCAGGCGUGACGGUACGUUUGAGAGUUGGAGUGAGCAGAUGAAGGGUCAGCGGUCGGCCGAUGAGAUGUACGCGGACCUGCAGACCUACAUCGACGAGCACAGCGUCAAAUUCGCCACCAAAUGGAAACAAGAAUUCGAGGAAUCAACCAGACAGUCCGUCUGCACACCAAACCUCCAUCCAUCCAUCCAUCUACAUGCCUUUUGUGUGUGUGUGUGUGUCACAUGCAGGUUCCCUCGUGAGUUGGUUGACCGUCUCAGGGCCAAGAUGGUCCAGUGGGUGCUCUCGGACCACUCAGUGCGGGGAUGCUUCUUCCUCUCGCCCUCCCGCCUGGCCUACCUGCUCUGCCGUUGGCCCUUCGUGGGGCCUGAGGGGGACUACCGGACGGUGCUGCACGGCCUCAAGACCUCCUGGAAAGUCACAAGCUCCUUCUACAGCGCUGUGGGCAUCGUGGCGCAGGGACGGACGUUGCUGUGAGUGCACGAGACACAUGCGCAUACUGCGUGUGGCCGAAGGUGGUAUCUCUCCUCCUCUGUGUGGGCGUGUGCAGGCCGGUGAUACUGCCUCGCGAGAUAUUGAGCAACGUCUAUGCGAUUGAGGACGAGUUUGGCCUGCCUGAGGAGUCCAUCGUCAAAGUAGGUGCAGUGCGGGGCGGGGCGGGAGAGAUGCUUGCACAAGGCACCCUGCUCGCCUUGAGCACACACACACACACUUGCGGAUGCAGGUAGUCAAGUUGUUCCGCAUCCCCGGCCACGUGGACCACUUCAUCCGCAUGUGGCGCAAGAGCGCGCGCGGCGAAUCCCACCCACCGGCAGGCCCUCAGCUUGACACCCGAGACACCACCGCCAACACAGACACAGCGAACGAGGCCACACAUACCGAGCAACCACCACCACCAGCAGCAGCAGCAGCAUUAGCAGCGCCCCCAGACUUGCCGCAGCUCACAGUUGGCGACCAUCGCUCCGACCUAUACCGCGAGUUUGAGGAGGCCUGGGCGCAGGCGGCCGUCAGGGGCACCAAGAGGCAGCCGCUCGAGGGAGGGCUUGUGGGGGAUAUGGAGGGCGUUUGCAGUGGGGGUGCGAGGUUUGUGCCUAGGAGGGGCGGUGGUCCCCUGCUGGCGGGCCGCACCGAGACCAUUCGGCACUUUGAGGCGGCGGCCAGCCGAUUUGCGAGGGAGAAUGUGUAUGCGCAUGAGCCGCUCAGUGGCAGCCUCAAGGAGGCUAUUCUCCUGGGAGACAGGUAAGCCUAGCGUGUGGAUGUCUAUCGUCUGGUUUGUAUCGAUGCAGGUGUGUAUUGUGUGCCCGAUGUGAUGUGCCUGCCACUAAGAACAGGGGCGAGGAUUGUCCUGAGAUGGCGUCUCUGCGUGCGUUGGCUUACUCGUGGGGGCUACACGAGGACACCGUGGUCAUGCUCACCAACUCACUCACACCAAAAGAGGUAGGUACACACACACCGAUUUUCCCGUCCACAGGCCCACACGUACGCGCCCGUUUUCACCGUAUCAGAUAUCGACGAUCUUCCGGCGGGCGGAGUCGCGUGACUCGCGUCUGCCCUCCCCGCUCAUCGUUGACUCGCUCACCAUCCACCCGCCCCUGACGCCCUCUCCCCAUGACAAGCCGGCCCUGCCGCACUACAAGAAGGAGAAAGACUGGACCAUCCUCAACAUGGCCAGGCGCAUCGUCCGCUAUGGCGACGACUUUGACGACAACGAGGAGGACAUCGACACGAUGGCUCAAGGGGAGGUGGGGAGUGAGAGCGACCAUCAUUACGAUCAGAGGCCGGGUGUCCCGCCCCCUGUGCCCCCGCCCGUGGUGACGGAGGAGACCUUCCCCAGGCUGCUUAAUGGCCAUGAUCGGGAGCUGCUUCUGCUUGACCCCUGGAGGGCGCAGCAGCAGCUGCAGCGGCAGGAGGAAGAGGAGGACCAGCACGACCUCACCCCCGAGUAUGAGCAGCUCAGGCGCACCCGGGGCUCAUUCACCCACCUCUCCGCCCUAUACCAGCCACCACCACAAGCACCGCCUGCCCGCAGCACCUGGUCCACUAGUGGCGGGUUUGCCUCCCUGUAUCCCUUCCCCCUGUCGUCGCAUUACCCGUGGGAGCACGACGCGGCGUACGAGGCGGAGACACAGCGGUGCUCUCUGUUCGCUGCCGAUCCCGUCGGCGUGAUACGGGCUGCUGGCGAGAGGGGGGUGGUGGUGGGCGGCAAGGGGAGGAGUGGGAGGAGUCAUCGGGGAUAUAUCAUGGCGGAUAAACCUGCCGACGAGGCGCUGUACCGUCCCUUCAGCGUGUCUCGGUGUCACGGCGGUGGCCUUGACCUCAAUCAGGAGGUGCACAAGGCCCACGCGAUGAUGGUGCAGCAGCAGAUGCGGCACAACUACACCCACAGCCAGCACAAGGGUGUCGCGGUGGUCAGGAGGGAUGUGCCCCACGAGAAGGACAAAGACAAGCAGGAGCCGUCAGCCGUCACAACCACCUCCUCGUCCGCUUCCUUCGUCUCCCAGCAGAUGCUCCCCUCCCGCCCCACCACACCCACCCUCCAUCCCACUCACCACCACAAACACAGCAGCAGCACCAGAGACAGGACAGGGACAGACGGCACCCACCCGCCACCCCUCAUCGAGCUGCUCCAAAUCGCCAACGCCUCCCAGUACCACGGCGUGUUGGCCGCUGAGGGCCUGGACGCCGUCGAUUUUUUGAGGCAGGUAGUGAGCGACAGCCAGCUGGCGUGUCGGUGCCCGACUGUGCCGCGGGAGACGCGCAGCAACAUCAUGCGGACGGCGGACAAGCUGGCGCACGGAUACACACUGCGGAUGGAGGCCAUUGCGCCGGCAGCAACGGCCGUCGACACACACACAAGGGAGAGGGAGAGGGAGAAGGAGAGGAAGAGCUCAAGUGCCAAGAUCACGCCAUGACAGAUGGGAUGGGUGGAUGGAGAGGGGGUGGUGUACCAUAUGCGCAUCGGCGUGUGGCGGUGCCGAGUGCAUAGACUGGCGUGCGUGCGUGUGGUUGUUGGACUGAGUGAGUUGAG